GAAACUUCCUCAGUCACCAGGUGGCCAGCUUUCGUACUUAUCUCAACUCUGAUGAUUAACCAACAUAUGGCGUGCUGAUAGCGACAUUUGGAGUCUUUAUCGUCUACCCCUCCAUAAAACCUAGAAUCUUUGUCUCUAGAUCAUGUUAUCAUCAUCAUGGUCCAAGCACCUGCUACUGAUAUCUUCGGCUCCCUAGGCGCUUUCUCCCACUACGAUGAGACCACCCAUAUCGGAACACGUUUCCCCUCCAAAGCCACCCAGUUGUCCUCAUUCCUGUCUAGCGACGAGCUCAUCAAAGACCUCGCUACGCUCGUCAGCCACCGGGGUGUUGUAUUCUUCACAGACCAAACCAUUACGAUAGACCAGCAGAAGGAGCUCGCGAGGCGGAUGGGAAAGUUGUCUGGAAACCCUAGGACGUCGGAUUUGCACAUCCAUCCGAUCUCUGAGGAUGUGCCUGAGCUGGGGAAGGAUGUCAGUGUGAUUUCGAGCAAGGGUGGAAUUGCGCGGGCCGAGUUAGACGAAAGCACGAGGGCGAGCAAGGGAUGGCAUGCGGAUAUUACUUUUGAGAAGAUUCCUUCAGAUUACGCCCUCUUGAAGAUGCAUACGCUACCACCUGUUGGAGGGGAUACUCUAUGGGCAAGCGGUUACGAAGCCUAUGACAGGCUUUCGCCUGCAUACAAGCAAUUCCUUGAGGGUUUACAUGCACGGCAUAGUGGCGAAUUUUUCAAUAAGUAUGCCCGACAACAGAAUCUUCCCAUUCAGGAUCCUCGUGGUGCACCAGAGAACACAGGUUCCGACCUGACUGCUAUCCACCCGGUCAUUCGAACAAACCCGGUGACGAGAUUCAAGUCUUUAUUCGUGAAUCAAACGUUCACGAAACGCAUCGUCGAACUGACCUUGGACGAGUCUGAUGAUAUUUUGGCAUAUCUGUCGAGGCAUAUUUCAGAAAAUCAUGAUCUUCAGGUCCGCUUCCGAUGGCAGAAGAAUGAUGUCGCGAUUUGGGACAACCGGUCCACUUUCCACACCGCAACCAACGACUAUGGUUCUAGCCUACGCCAAGGUAACCGCGUUGUGAGUUUGGGAGAGAAGCCAUUCUUGGAUCCGAAUUCCAAGAGCAGGAAGGAAGUAUUAGGUACACUUCAGUGAAAGCAUGCUUUAUUAUCUGUACAACUUGAUAUGAAUGUCACCAUAUCGCAGAUGGGCUUGAGAUGCCGAUACCCUUUCCCAAUGCCCAGCACCACCCAAAGAUAGAAAUCCCUCAUCUCAUUAGGCGUCAGGCCUCGCCGUAGGUAUAUGCUGCGGGACGGUACUUAGUACUACCCAAAAGGCACCACGUUAUAAACCAUACCCGACAAACCAGGAGCUCAAGAUAAUGUGGGAGCUCGACAAGUUGGUGCGUAGCGCGUAGCAGC